AUGAAAACUGAUUUCAAGUUUUCUAACUUGUGUGGAACAGUCUAUACAAAAGGAAAUUUAUGUUUUACUCCGGAUGGAAACUCUCUCUUGAGUCCAGUGGGAAAUAGAAUUUCUCAAUUCGAUUUGGUGAAUAACAAAUCUUUUACAUUUCCUUUUGAAAAUAAAAAAAAUAUAAAUCGAAUUGCACUUUCACCAAAUGCAAGUUUAUUACUUUCCAUUGAUGAAGAUGGACGAGUUCUUUUAGUGAAUUUUCAACGACGUAUCGUUUUACAUGAAUUUAAUUUUAAAUCAAAAGUUGCUGAUGUACAAUUUAGUCCCGAUGGAAAAUAUUUUGCAGUUACGGUCGGAAAAACAAUCCAAGUUUGGAAAUCGCCAGGAUUUAAUCGAGAAUUUUCUCCCUUCGUUUUACAUCAUAAAUAUAUUGGACAUUUUGAUGAUAUAACUAAAAUAACUUGGUCCAAUGAUUCUCGAUUAUUCUUAUCUGCUUCAAAAGACAUGACUGUAAAAAUCUAUCCCGUAAUUUUAAAUAAAAAAUUCAACACUGUCACUUUAUCUGGUCACAGGGAUUAUGUCAUUGGUGCCUAUUUUUCCGAAGACCAAGAAACUAUAUAUACAAUUAGUAGAGAUGGAGCUCUUUUUAUUUGGAAAUUUUGUUCUCUAAAAGACGAAUCUUCGGAUUCAACAUUUGGUUCUUCAAAGUUAGGUCAACUUUUGGUUUGGGAAUGGCAAUCAGAAUCAUAUGUUCUUAAACAACAAGGUCAUUAUUAUGAUAUGAAUACACUUUCUUAUUCAUCUGAUGGUCAAUAUAUUGCAACAGGUGGUGAUGAUGGAAAAGUAAAAGUUUGGAAUAUUUUAUCUGGAUUUUGUUUUGUCACUUUUUCUGAACAUACUUCUGGUGUAACUAUGUUAGAAUUUGCAAAAAAUGGUCAAGUACUUUUUUCUGCUUCUUUAGAUGGUACUGUUCGUGCAUUUGAUUUAAUUCGUUAUAGAAAUUUUAGAACCUUUACUUCUCCUACUCCUAUUCAAUUUUCUUCAUUGGCGGUAGAUCAAAGUGGUGAAAUAGUUUCUGCUGGUUCAUUAGAUACUUUUGAAAUAUUUGUAUGGUCUGUACAAACCGGUAAAUUAUUAGAUAUUAUGGCAGGACAUGAAGGUCCAAUAAGUGGAAUAGCGUUUAGUCCAUCAAAUGAUCAACUUGCUUCAAGUUCAUGGGAUGGUACCGUUCGUACUUGGGAUAUUUUUGGACGUGGAAAAUAUGUUGACGUGUUACGUCUUACUUCGGAUGUUUUAUCAGUAACUUAUCAACCUGAUGGAAAACAAUUAGCUGCAUCUACUUUAGAUGGUCAAAUAUCAUUUUGGGAUAUUGAAAAUUGUACUCAAACUGCAUUCAUAGAAGGUCGAAAAGAUAUUUCCGGAGGUAGAAAAAUAGAUGAUAGAAGAACUGCAGCAAAUUCAUCUUCAGGAAAAUCUUUUAAUAGUUUAUGUUAUUCUGCUGAUGGUUCAUGUAUUAUUGCUGGUGGAAAUAGUAAAUAUAUAUGUCUUUAUGAUGUGAAAGAAAAAUUACUUAUUAAAAAAUAUCAAAUUUCACAUAAUUUAUCUCUUGAUGGAAUAAGAGAAUUUUUGAAUAGUAAAUAUAUGACUGAAGCGGGGCCUCUAAAUUUAAUUGAUAAUGCAGGAGAUUUAAGUGAUUUAGAAGAUAGACUUGAUACAAGUUUACCUGGAACACAAAAAGGUGAUCUUUCAGUACGAAGAGUUAGACCUGAAAUCCGUACAAAAUGUAUUAAAUUUUCACCAACCGGUCGAUCUUGGGCUGCGGCAUCAACCGAAGGAUUAUUAAUUUAUUCUUUAGAUGAAAUGUUAAUUUUUGAUCCAUUUGAUUUAGAAAUAGAAAUUACUCCAACUACAAUAUUAUCAACUUUACGUUCUUGUGAAUUUUUAAAAGCAUUAAUAAUGUCAUUUCGACUUAAUGAACAUUACUUAAUUCAUCAAGUUUAUGAAACCAUUCCACCUGAUGAAAUAGAAUUAAUUAUUAAAGAUUUACCAGAAAAAUAUAUUGAUCGAUUACUUAAAUUCAUUGCCGAACAUAUGGAAGAAUCUCCACAUAUAGAAUUUCAUUUGUUAUGGAUUUCAAAGAUGUUAUCAACUCGAGGAAAAUAUUUAAAACUGCAUUCAAAUGAGUUUUCUAGUACAUUUAGAUUAUUACAAAAAGCUAUUGGUAAAAUACGAGAAGAUAUUUCUAAAUUAUGUGAUGAUAAUAAAUAUAUGAUAAAAUAUAUUUUGAGUGCUUGUGAGAAAGGUGAAAAAGGUGAGAAAAUUAGUGAAGUUGAAAAAUCAAUAAUAGAAAUAAAAUAA